CCCGUCAUGAAUACACAUACUAAAUGCAAAUUGCAAAGAAGUGCUUUCCGAGUAUUAUAUCAAUUUUGAACAAUAAUAGUCAUAGAUUAGCAUUUCUCGCCAUUAAUGGCAUCAACCAAAUGCAUCAUUUACCCUCAAAAGCAAAGCUUUUUUGUACACUUCACAGCAAGAAACGAGAAGCAGAGCAAAACUGCUUAUCACUUCUCCAAAUCUGCAAUUCUCUUCCAAAACUCCUUCAAAUCCAAACCCAUAUCUUCAAAUUAGGCUUACAAAGUAACCCACUUGUACUUACAAAAUUCACAUCCAUUUCUUCUGACCUUAAUGCCAUUACCUAUGCUUCAUCAUUCAUUUUUUCCCCAUAUGUUAAACCGCAUUUCUUUGAUACUUUUCUUUUUAAUACCUUUAUCAGAAGUUAUGCUGUAACUAGUGAUUUAAAGAAUGAAGCUUUGUGUUUGUAUGGUAAAAUGUUAAGUUAUGGUAUUUGGCCUAAUAAAUUUACAUACCCUUUUGUUCUUAAGGCUUGUGCUGGUAUUGGUGAAUUGAAAUUAGGUGAAACUGUUCAUGGUUCAGUGUUGAAACUUGGGUUUUAUGAUGAUUCUCAUGUUUUGAAUACUGUGGUUCAUAUGUAUUGUUGUUGUGAUGGUGGGAUUGAGUAUGCACGGAAGGUGUUUGAUGAAAUGCCGCACUGGGAUUCGGUCGGGUGGAGUGCGAUGAUUGGCGGUUAUGUGAGAUGGGGUUUGUCUAGCGAGGCUGUAGAGUUGUUCAGGGAAAUGCAGGUUGUUGGGGUAGCACCUGAUGAAGUUACGAUGGUUUGUUUGUUGUCUGCGUGUAUAGAUUUGGGUGCGCUCGAGCUAGGGAAGUGGCUCGAGGCAUAUAUCGAGAGGGAGAAUGUUAGAAAGAGUGGUGUUCUUUGGAAUGCUUUGAUUGACAUGUUUGCAAAAUGUGGUGAUGUUGAUAAGGCUUUGAGUUUGUUUAGGAGCAUGCGCGAAAAGAAUAUUGUUUCUUGGACUUCGGUUAUUGAUGGUAUGGCAAUGCAUGGCCGGGGGAAUGAAGCUGUUUCGUUAUUUGAGGAGAUGAAGAAAGAUGGGAUUGUACCUGAUGAUGUUUCCUUUAUUGGGUUACUUACUGCUUGUAGCCAUUCGGCUUUAGUUGAGCAAGGUAAGCAAUACUUUUAUUCGAUGAGAAAGGAAUUUGGGAUUUUGCCUAAGAUAGAACAUUAUGGAUGCAUGGUUGAUCUGUUAUGCAGAGCUGGACUUGUGCAAGAAGCAUUGGAUUUUGUUAAGAGAAUGCCCAUUAAGCCAAAUCCAGUAAUUUGGAGAACACUUAUUACUGCUUGUCGUGCUCAUGGUGAGUUGAAGCUUGGUGAAAAAAUAACAAAAGAGCUGAUAAAACAUGAACCUAUGCAUGACUCAAAUUACGUACUACUUUCUAACAUUUAUGCGAAAAUGUUUUCUUGGGAGAAGAAGACCAUGAUUAGGGAAGUUAUGGCGAAGAAGGGAAUGAGAAAGGUUCCAGGAAGCACUAUGAUUGAGCUAUACAACGAAAUCUAUGAAUUUGUCUCAGGAGAUAAAAGUCAUAGCGAGUACAAAAUUAUUUAUCAGAUGGUGGAUGAUAUUGGAAAGGAGAUUAGAAGAGCUGGAUAUGUUGCUUCAACAUCGGAAGUGUUGCUUGAUAUUGAUGAAGAAGAUAAAGAGGGAGCUGUAAAUAGGCAUAGUGAAAAGCUUGCUAUUGCAUUUGCCCUUAUGAAGACACCUCCUGGAACUCCUAUUCGAAUUGUGAAAAACUUACGAGUCUGUGAAGAUUGCCACUCUGCAACUAAAUUCAUCUCUAAGACUUACAAGCGAGAAAUAUUGGUCAGGGACAGGAACCGAUUUCACCGCUUCAUAGAUGGGGUUUGCUCAUGUAAAGACUUCUGGUAGCUUAAUGUGCAUGACGUUGUAAUCAAUAUCAGUCAUGGCAAGCCAGGAGUUUCUUCGUCAUGCGCGUUGAUAGCUGAGCGGCUUAUCUGAUAUGCCUGAUCUUCUUACGUAAAUGAUGGAACUAGAAGUAUGAUGCUACAAACGAAGAUGUAUUUUGGGACGGUCUAAAUCCAGAGAACGUGUGGGACAUUAUUUUGGUUGUUGUAGGCUAUGCUUCACCUCUGAGUUUCUGGUUCAUCAUGCUCAGUAUGUAGAGGCAUUGCUUGGAUAAAAUAUGUAGGAUGUUGUUAAUCAUGGCAUGGUUGGCUUCCUUAAACAUCGUCAUGAAGGCAGUUAUACCCAAUUGAUUGUCUUUGACUUGUCGGGUGACAUCAAAUCCAACAAAGGUGAUCGAUGCAUGAGCCUUGUACAAUUGACAAACAAAAUUAGUGCUCAAAAUAGUUGGAAUAUGCAUAAUAAAUUCAUCUUAAUUUAGAAAGAUGCUUUGAGAAGGGGAACCUCAGCGUAACAGUAAGAGUUGCUAUUCUGUGAUCAGGAUGUCACGGAUUCACGGAUUCAAGCAAUGGACAUAACUUCUUGUAGAAAUAUAAGUUAAGGCUGCAUAGAAUAGACCCAAUGUGAUGGGAACUUGGUGCAUCCGACUGCCCCCUCAAGAAAGAGACUUUAUGCUGUGA